GUCCCCCGCGCUCCGUCCCGCUUCCUCCCCACCUCCAGCAACGGGAGCGGGCACGUGCAGAUGGCGGGCGCGCUCCCGCGGGCGAACCCACCCAGCCCUUCCCCCUCCGCCCGGGGAAGGGACCCGCCGUCUGCGGAAAAGGAGGAGGACGGCGGGGCAGCGAUGACAGGGAUACUCAUGGUAGAUGACAAGGGAAAGAACAUGAAAUGUCUCACCUUCUUCUUGAUGCUUCCAGAGACAGUUAAGAACAGGUCCAAGAAAAGCUCGAAGAAGGUAAACAGUAGCAGCAGCAGUAGCAGCAGCAGCGGCAGCAGCAGCGGCAGCAACAGCAAAUUAUCUCCAGUGUGCUAUGAAAUCAUUACCUUGAAGACUAAAAAGAAGAAAAAGAUGGCUGCUGAUAUUUUCCCCCGAAAGAAACCAGCUAACAGUAACACGACAGCUGUCCAGCAGUAUCACCAGCAAAAUAUCAAUAACAACAAUAUUAUUCCAGCUCCCAACUGGCAAGGACUUUAUCCCACCAUCCGAGAAAGAAAUGCAGUGAUGUUCAACAACGACUUGAUGGCAGAUGUUCAUUUUGUGGUUGGGCCACCAGGUGGGACCCAGCGAUUACCAGGACACAAAUAUGUCUUAGCCGUUGGAAGCUCUGUAUUCCACGCAAUGUUUUACGGAGAGCUUGCUGAGGACAAAGAUGAAAUCCGUAUCCCAGAUGUGGAGCCUCCUGCUUUCCUCGCUAUGCUGAAAUAUAUUUAUUGUGAUGAAAUUGACCUGGCUGCUGAUACAGUUCUGGCAACUCUUUAUGCUGCCAAGAAGUACAUUGUUCCUCAUCUUGCCCGGGCCUGUGUGAAUUUCCUAGAGACGAGCCUGAGUGCAAAAAAUGCUUGUGUGCUGCUUUCCCAGAGCUGCUUGUUUGAGGAACCUGACCUAACUGAACGUUGCUGGGAAGUGAUCGAUGCACAAGCUGAGCUGGCUCUGAAAUCGGAAGGCUUCUGUGACAUUGAUUUCCAAACCCUUGAAAGCAUUCUCCAAAGGGAGACCCUGAACGCCAAAGAGAUUGUAGUUUUUGAAGCUGCCCUCAACUGGGCUGAAAUAGAGUGUCAACGGCAGGAGUUGCCCAUCAGCAUUGAAAAUAAGCGCAAAGUGCUUGGGAAGGCGCUCUAUCUCAUUCGCAUACCUACAAUGGCAUUGGAUGACUUUGCCAAUGGGGCUGCUCAGUCUGGUCUUCUGACCCUCAGUGAAACAAAUGAUAUCUUCCUUUGGUACACAGCUGCCAAAAAACCAGAGCUGCAGUUUGUGAGCAAUGCCCGGAAAGGCCUGGUCCCGCAGCGCUGUCAUCGCUUCCAGUCAUGUGCCUACCGCAGCAACCAGUGGCGCUACAGGGGCCGUUGUGACAGCAUCCAGUUUGCCGUCGACAAGAGAGUUUUCAUUGCUGGGUUUGGUCUCUAUGGCUCCAGCUGCGGAUCAGCAGAAUACAGUGCCAAAAUUGAACUCAAACGGCAAGGUGUUAUCCUCGGACAAAACUUAAGCAAAUAUUUCUCAGAUGGAUCUAGCAAUACUUUCCCCGUGUGGUUUGAGUACCCAGUGCAAAUCGAACCAGAUACCUUUUACACAGCUAGUGUGAUUUUGGAUGGUAAUGAACUCAGCUAUUUUGGACAAGAAGGAAUGACAGAAGUCCAAUGUGGUAAAGUGACUGUGCAAUUCCAAUGUUCUUCAGACAGUACCAAUGGCACAGGGGUUCAGGGAGGGCAAAUUCCAGAACUUAUUUUUUAUGCCUGAAGGAAAAGGUGGGUUCGCAGAGCACUGUGUGAUUCUAUGAUGUAUUGUGUCUGGUUCAGGCCAAUUUCAUGCUUAGCUUGUUGCCUGCAGAUAUAUGGUCAGUACAAGUAGGACACUCCGAACUGCAGUGAACAGUUUUAACUCUUGCUGUACUGUUUACCAUCUACAUGUAUUUCUUCUACUAGAUGCUCCCAAGAUCAAACUAGCAAAUUAAGUGUUAAAGAUUUCCAGCCUUAGCACAGAUGGGAUGCCUUAUUAGUGGGAAAGGAGCAAAGAGAUGUCCUCCUUCCAUGCAGUGUUCCAAGGGACGUUCUUCUCGGGUCUCUAAUUUGCUGCUAUUUCCUGUCAUUUUGAUUUAUGAUUUAUUUAUUUUUGCUCCUCCAUGCUGUAGGCCUCUUGAACACCUCAGAAUUAAAGGUGGCUUUAGCCUCUUGCCGUUUGAAUGCAGCUCACACUUUGAUGCUGGUUUACAGCAGCAUCACCACUAUGCCUGGGCUGAGGUUUGGUUGAGGGAACAUCAGAGAAGUGGGUUAAUUGAGAUGAUCUCCUUGAUUUUGACACAACUAAAUGGAGAAGUCUACAGUAAUGGAAAAUACAUAAAGUUUGGUUUGCACUGGGCUGCUUUGGAAAUACUGGCACUUCACAUUUAGUUUAUGUUGUGGAUGACUGCAGCAAAAACUCAAGGUCUUUGGGGACAUCGUUGCUUCUUAAUUAAUCUUAACGUUUCUACAAAGUUCUUCCUCAAGCAAACUCUGGAUGUUUAGAAUACAUUCAUGAAUUUUUGCUUCCUCAGUAUUACUUUUGGGAAGCCUUCCCUAGCUGGUGCUCUCCAGAUGUAUUGGAGCAGUGCCUACAAUCCUCAAAGCACAUGCUGGAUGGGAAUGAUGGCAGUUAAAGCCCUUCACAGAAGGAGAGCCUGCUCUAAUGUAUUAAAUAAAUGACAUUUACACCAUUACAAAAUCUCUCUGAUAGUUACUUUUCUUUUCAAGGGAUUAAAUGUAUUUCAUUUAAUCAAGUCUAGUAGCCAUUAUUCUGGCUUCCUUUCAAGCAUCAUCUAUAUUUUUUCCACUGUCAGAAAAUGUGUAGCAAAAAGCAAGCAAUGAGUUUUGUGAGUUUUAUUUGCCCAAAUACAGUUUUAAAUGUAUGUAUUUUUCUUCAAGUAGUAAAAAUACAGAUGUUUGGAGCAUUUUAUUAUUAGAAAUUGCAAUGGAAUGUAUUUAUUCGGUAUACCAUGCAGUGACAUUUUUCUCGUUGAACUCAAGGCUGAAUAUUUUAAUGCUUUGCAAAUUAAAUCAACUAGUGGGACAUUUAAACAGGUAGAAGCAACUAGGUUUGAAAGCUCUGUUUUUGGAUGAGCACAUAGACUAGAUACUAUGCAGUUCAAUUAGAAUAUGAAUAUUCACCCAAUUACAAAUUUUUGAAACAUCUCUCAGAUUUCUAGAUGCUAAAAAUUUUCCUAAUCUGAUUCCCUCCACAUGUGUUACACUACAAUUUUUACUAUCCCCAGCCAGUAUGGCAAAGGGAUUUCUAACAUUUGUAAUCUAACACAGGUUGCAGCAGAGUUAUUGAGGGGAUCUGAUAUUUGCCAGGCUCAUACAAAGUAAUAUUUGUUUCAACACUGUGGCUUCUUCAACAGAGUAUAAUUUAAAAACUUCUAGUUUAGCAUUAAGUGUAAAUGUGGACAUUAGCAUUGCUUGUGAAUCUGCUUGUGGUUCUCUCUCUAACUACAAAAGAAUACUUUUUAGCACAAGUGUAAAUUAUUGGUUUGUUUUGUGCAGCACAUAGUAAGACUAUCAAAUGUGGGCUGCAAAACUUCAUGUGGCAGCAAACAAAAAAUGCUAACAGGGAUUUUUGCAACCCAGAACUGGUAACCCUCCAGAUCUGUCAACCUUGUCUUUAAAGAAGGGAUAUUUGUGACUUAAAUGUUUCUUGUUUAAUUUUUGAUGGUCUUUCAGAUGUCAGUCAAAGUUUCCUUUUCCAGAUUUUUUUUUUUUUAAUUGGUUGGACUAUGUGCAUUCCUAACAGGAAAAGGUGCAGGCUGGCAGAUAGUUUUAAAGAAGAGAAGGAAAAAGGAGUAUAGGUGAAUAAUACAGAACAACAUCGUGUUUGUGAAAUUAAAGGCAUGUCUCAAAAAGGCAGCCCCUAAAUCUUUCAGUCUAGGAAGUCACUUAUAGUAUUAGUCUGAAACUGAUUUGUCCCAGUUUUCUGUCUACAAAAAGAAUGUGCAAUUUCACUUCCAUGUUUUUUUUAAAUAAAGUAAAUAUAAGUGUUUCCCACUGCAGUGUACCUCCUUAGCAUAACAUUUUAUUGUCAUAGCUAUUAGAAUUGUGGUUUUGUGUUAAUGUUUCUACCUGAGGCAUCCAGAGAAUCUAUAGUUUUCAGUAAAAUGACAAAGGCAGUGUCAGACUGCAAGCUCUGCUACUUCCAUAUAUGUAACAUCACAGCACAUGUGGGGCUUCCAUCAUGAUGGCUCAACACUACUUUCAUUGUCCUGCCCCCCCCCCCAUCCUUGUGGAUGCCUCUAGUCCCUACCCCAUAUCAGCUUUUCCCAAUUUGAUGGCUUCUUGUUGAAUUCGAGCUACAACUUCCAAAAUUCCCAGCCAGCAUAACCAUUGAUAGUCCCGAAACAUUUGCAGAAUGCCUCUCUAAAUAUUUUUACAGGCUGAAAUCCUGGUUUCUGGUUGUAUAUGUGCCAUUAAAUAUCUGUGGUGCCCCAAAUACUAUUUAGAGCUGCAACUUGAACAUGAGAAAAUUGGACAGUAAGAGUUUGUCAGCAAUGUAGCAUAUUAAAAAAUACACCCACAAGUCAGAAGCUGUCCUUUAAGAACAAAUGCUGCUUCUGUAUCUCCUGUACUUUUAUUAUCACAAAUGAUAUUAUUUUAAAAAAUUGCUUAUAUUUCUCAGAAGUAUAAAUAUGUUUAGAUUAAAUGGGAGUUGCUUUUUGAAGAAAUGUAAAGGAUUGCAUCUUCACAUCUUAAAAGCCAAGUAUGGUUCAGAUACUGAAUUUAGACUAGAGGGACCAGAGGUCAAAGUUCUUUUCAGUCAUAGAAUUUGUUCCAUAUUCCUGAGUUCUUAUGGAGAAAGUUAGUCUCAAUCUAACUUUUAUCACAGUGCCAAUGUGAGGAUAUAUUUUGGUAGAUCAUGCAUAUUGCCUGAGGUCCUUGGAGGAAGGGCCAGAUAAAAGCCCUUUCUCCCAUAAUUUGGGAGAAAAAACUCUUCUUGUAGGGUUUUUUUCCCCUUACCUAAUUAGGUUUUAGAUGUUUCAGAUAGGCCAAAUAAAAACACAGUGAAUGGCAUGGUUUAAGGAAGACUGCUGGCAUUACCUUAAGAUGAAAUAGAGCCAGUUUCCAGACUUAGGUCACAUCAGUUGCCCUGUGCCCUCUCAGCCUCUAGAUGGCAUCUGCGCACUGCUACUCUUAGCUUUACCCCAUUGAAGCACAUGAUGUUUGAAAGGUCUCAGUUUUAUUCUGGAAAAUCUGUUGUAUUUCCAGUAGACAUUUGUGGAUGAUGAACAAUGAAACUGGAAUUAGUAUAGUCACAAUCAUUCCUGAAGAGAGAAAUGAAUUAAUUGUCCCUGACACCACGUUGCACAGCUCACCCUCCCUUUUAAGAAGGCCACAGACAUGUAUUGAAUCUUUCCUUCUUUGCUUUUUCCCAUAAUUGAUUACAAAGUAGGCAAUUUGCCAGAAUAAAUAUGGAUAAAUAUUUAGCUUACCUUUAUAAACAGUUCUCAUAUAAUAGUGCAAUUAUAAAUUAUGUUCAGGGCUUCACUGCAUUUCAGUGUAUCAUUUCCUUUAUUCCACACAUGUAAUGGCAGUAAAACCUGCAUGUAUCACCAUAUGUCAAAAAUGAUAGCCACAUGCAUGUCCUACUUUGCGGUAAAAUUAAGUAGGAUAUUAAUUACUCCUGAGAAAUAGAUGGAGCAGUAGGCAGGUCUGCAAGAAAUAGAACACAAGUAAGAUAGCUAAGUUGUACAGGAGGACUGUAGAAGCCCAAAUGGAAAAAAAAAUGAGAUGAGUUCAAAGUUUUAAAUGUAUUAAAUCUGAUUUACAAUUACUAUAUUGCUUUUUGUUUUUAAAUGACUUGUUUUCAAGUGCAAUGCUGCAAAAGUGUUUAUACUUUUUCACAACUGCAACUGUGAGAACUAAAACAUUUGUGAUUUUCACAAGAUCCUGAAUAAGCUAAGAAAUCUGUGCAGUAGAGUGUAUUUUUUCUGAUGUUCAGUGCCUCUCUGUGCAAUCCUACAUAUGUCUGUUCAGAAGUCAUUUUUGCUGACUUACCUAGGAUUAAUUCCUAGGUAAGUGUGCUGAGCUGCAGUCUUAAACAGUAAACUAUUUAGUGUGUAUUGCAUGAGUUUUUGCAGUUUUAAUGCCUUUCAAAAUUGUAGUUGAAUCUGGAAAGACUCCUAAUGUUAAUUAAUUAUUUUCAGCAUACAUAACCUGCCUUUCUAAAUUCUAAAAUAGCAUAUAUUCAAUAUUAGGAAAUAUUGAGAAAAUUAGAACUAAGGUAGUAGCAACAUUUAAUGACAACUUUAAAGGGGUAUUUUGUAAAAACUCGGAUGGAAUAAAAACCGACUUCACUACCAGUCUAAAAGCAAGCUAUAAUGGGGCCAAGCAGAUCUCCUUUGGGAGGCUGUUAAGAUAAAUGACUAUUUGAAGUAGCUGUCAAAUCAGAAUGAAAAGUCUGAGUACUAAUAUACUGAUUAGGAAGAUGCUACCUGGACUGGGCUUUGUAUAUGUAUUGGCUUUUGAACACAUAAAAAAGUAAGAAGGAAGCCAAUGUUUUCUUCGCAUGUUACAGAAGAAGAAAAUUUCAAAUUUUGUUCUAUAGAUAAUAUAAUGAAAUUUAUAAUUGAUAAGAUGAUUUAAUUGUAUGAAUAGCAAUGGUAUUAGGAAGGUGAUAAUUACGACUUUUAGGACUGUAUUUAUUUAUCUAGCCUUGGGUCUGUUGGUCCCCCCAGGAAGCAACUUGAUAAGAGCUUUGAGUACUUACGUCUUCCUUGCCAAAUAGAAUAAAACAAAUGUAGUUACCUGUACUUCAUUUAAUUCAGUAUCCUUCUGAAUGCAGGAUACAUUUCUGAACUGGAGAGGGAGUGUUUAUUGAACUGGGUGGUCCUUAAUAUGUUUCCAUCAUCUGGUGUUUUGCUGGCAGCAAUGGAUCAGGUAUUUUAACUUUGACCCUGUACUCUGUUAGUAUCAAAGCUAAAUUAGAUUCAUUAAACUCAAGUAUGUUACCUUGUGUAGAUUGUGGACAGAAAGAGAAGACUUCCAGCAUCAAACUGUACUGCAGAACUAACUCAGCAGGAUUACAGAAUUGUCCCCAAAUUAGGGCUUUGCACCCUUAAUAGAAAGUUCACACCCUAAAUUGUUAAGAUAAUAUAUUUAUAAUAUAUUGGUUUAGUCUUCUGGAGCCAUCCAAUAUGUUUAUCUAAAACAAAAGGACCUGAGAUAAAGAGAAAAUAUAGAUACUAUUGAAAUUAUUCUGAGUAUCAUCUUGCAAGCUGUACUGAAAGGGGAAAGUAAGUUAUUACUGAAUUUCUAGUGUAAUAUAUUUUGAGCUGAUUUGACAUAUUAUUUAAGCAAAUAUUCUAAUUUCUACAGUACCUAUUGCACUGUUUUUUUAAAAAAUGAAAAAUUUAAACUCCGUUAUUUCAGACACAAUUGCAUCUAGCUGUAUUUGGAACAGUGCUUGACUAUAGCAACCGAUGGCAUUAUUUAUGAAGGACAUAUAUAAAUACAAGUACCUCAAAUCGAAUGUUACCGUACUGUAUCUUUAAUGUAAUAGUGCAGAAUUUUAGUAGACACAUGAAUGUGUAUAAUCACAUUUAAAAGAAAAAUAAAAAUGAAACUGGUUCUUACACUGUUUCCAGCCUGCUUCUGAACCUUCUUAAAUAAAUGAAA